GACAAAUUCAAUAUCCUUCUUUAUCACCUGGUAUCCCUGAAACAUUUUCUAGGUUAGUGGGGGUGACUUCGAUUCUGGUAUAAAGUGAUCCUUUUACAAUCUAACAAUCAAACCCUAGUUGUGUUUGUCACAUAAUCACUGCCAACAUGAGAACUCUGUUUUGGAUUGCCGUUUUAGUCGCGGUUGUCGUUGCCGACGAGAAGAAGGCAGUCCCAAAGGACAAGAAGGUUGACAAAAGAGGACUACUUGGACUUGGAAUUCAUGGAACUGGAUUAAUUGGAACUACCGGACUCUCUUCUCUGGCUACCACUGGAGCUAUUGGUAUCGGACCAGGUGCUAUAGCUGUUGGACCUUCCGCCCUUACCCUAUCUCCUGGAGGUGUAGCCAUUGGAGGUGCUGGCAUCGAUCUAGGAGCAUCUGCCCAUUCUCAUACUCACACCCAAACCACCAUCACCAGAAACAUCGGAAUCCCAGUUCCUCACCCUGUCGCUGUUCCUGUUGACAGGCCAGUACCUGUUGGAGUUCCUGUGAGAGUGAAUGUGCCUGUUGACCGUCCAGUGCCUUAUCCAGUCGAUCGCCCUGUACCAGUUGCUGUAGACCGCCCAGUAGCUGUCCCAGUCGACCGUCCAGUUCCUGUUGCCGUACCUCAACCCAUUGGAGUACCAGUACCACACCCAGUUCCUGUAGGCGUUCCUCAACCCAUUGCUGUACCUGUAGACAGACCUGUUGGGGUUCCAGUAGCAGUUUCCCACGGAAUUGCUGUGUCAGGACACGGUCUCUUGGGCCGUGCACAUGGAUGGUAAACUGUCCUUUUAAUGUAAAUAUGAAGAAAAUUUAAAUAAACUACUCUUUACAUCUA